AUGGAUCGGUGGCUAAACCAAAAAGGGGUUAAAAGAAAAGAACAAGCGUCCACUGAAAGCAGCAAAACUACAACACCACAAAGGCCUACUGAAGCCGGGAUCGAUGACACCGAGUCACGGCCACUGGCCACCACACUCCCGCCGACCAUGGAGCGAAAACCAUGUGAGAAAGUUAAGCGAAAAUAUAACAAUGAGUACAUAAAGUUUGGAUUUUCCUGGACUGGGGAUCUUGAGGAUGCUAGACCUCACUGUGUUUUGUGUUAUGAAAUAUUGGCUAAUGAAGCAAUGAAACCAUCCAAACUCAAGCGUCACUUCGAGUCUAAGCACAAAGAUUGUACAGAUAAACCAGUGUCAUUUUUUGAGAGAAAACGUGAUGAGCUUGAGCGACACAUGAGUAAAAACACUUCACAGUUUUUUAUGCCCGGUGAAAAUGCAAAGGCUACGGAGGCAUCAUACAAAGUGUCUCUACUCAUUGCAAAAACGGGAAAACCCCAUUCAAUUGGAGAGACUCUAGUUAAGCCUGCUGCCGAAGUUAUGGCAAACGUAAUGCUAGGGAAGAAAGCUAGUGAUGACAUGCACAAAGUACCUCUGUCCAAUGACACUGUCCAGCGACGCAUAACUUCAAUGUCCGAAAAUAUCCAAGAGCAGCUGAUCACACGAUUACACCAGAGUCCCUUCUUUUCUCUUCAAUUGGACGAGUCCACGGACAUUGGUAACGAAGCAAAUCUUCUGUGUUUUGUCAGAUACAUCCAUGCGCGCUCAGUUCAUAAGGAUUUUCUCUUCUGUAAAUCCCUUCCAACGAACACCACAGGAGAAGCGAUCUUUGAUGCACUAAAUGACUUCAUUGUGCAUAAUAAAAUUGACUGGAAAUGUUGUGUUGGAGUUUGCACUGAUGGUGCAACUGCGAUGACAGCCAAACACAAGGGCCUGGUAACGCGUGUGCGUAAUGUUGCUCCAUCCGCUGUGUCAACUCAUUGCUGCAUUCAUAGAGAACAGCUCGCGGUGAAAAAGAUGCCAAGUUGCCUUAAAACUGUUUUGGACGAGGCAGUUAAAAUUGUCAACUUAAUCAAAGGCAAGACCCUCAACUCGCGUCUUUUUAAAGUCCUGUGUGAGGAAAUGGGGAGUGAGCACACAAAACUUCUGUUCCACACUGAAGUGCGCUGGUUGUCCCGUGGCAAGGUCCUGUGUCGUCUCUUUGAACUGCGCGAUGAAGUAAAAUUAUUUCUGCACCAAGCUGAUGAAUUGUAUGAUCGAAUUCAUGACUUUAUGUGGCUUUCAAAACUAGCCUAUCUUGCAGAUAUUUUCAGCACGCUCAAUACGCUCAACUUAGCACUGCAAGGAAACGCGGUCACAGUCUUUAAUGUACAGGACAAAAUUAAAGGGGCGCGCACCAAAUUAAAGCUCUGGUGCGCGCAUAUCGAUCGCCGUGAAUUUGACUGUUUCCCCACUCUAGCGGACUUUCUUCUCGAAACUAAAGAGACUCUGGAUGACGACACCAUCACAGCCAUAAAGGAACAUCUACAAGGCAUUCACAUGCAGCUGGAAAAAUAUUUUCCAGAGCUAGAUGUGGACUUUGAGUGGAUCAGAAAUCCAUUUGGUGACAUCAUUGAGCAAUGUACCAAGCUCUCAAUACAAGAAGGCAAUAGUCUUGCGGACAUUGCAUCAGAUGGAGGUCUCAAAAUGUCAUUCAAACAACAGCCCUUAACAGACUUCUGGGCUCAGCUCCUUCCUGAACAUCCAAAGCUUGCAGAAUCUGCCCUCAAAGUGCUUAUGCCCUUCCCAACUACAUACAACUGUGAGGUUGGGUUUUCCACACUGGUUGGUUUGAAAACAAAACAGCGCAACAGACUAAACGUGGAGCCUAGUAUGAGACUGAAACUCUCCUCUUUGGAGCCAGACAUUCAGAAACUGAUGUGUGAUAAGCAGCACCACUCGUCUCAUUAA